GCCGUGUCGAACGCGGUCACCAAGCAGCCCGUCUCGUUCACCAAGGAGCCGGCCAACAGCCUCGCCUCCAGGACCUACGACCCGGCCGGCCUGUCGAUCAUGUGCAAUUUCUGCGGCAGAUGCCGGUGCGAGUCGUGCCGCGAGCCGCCCCCGUUGCCCAGCAAGUGGCUGUGCGACAACAAGUGCUUCUGCUCCGCGGACACUGUCCUCGACUACGCGUCCUGCCUGUGCUGCGUGAAGGGCCUGUUCUACCACUGCAUGGACGGCAGCGGGCCGGGCGGCAUCGACGGCGAGGCGGCCGGCAGCUGCGCGGACGAGCCGUGCUCCUGCACCGGCAACAAGAAGGCCUCCAGGUGGGCCUGCCUCGGCGCCCUCACCCUCCUGAUGCCCUGCCUGCUCUGCUACUGGCCGUUCAAGGGCUGCGUCAGCCUCUGCGAGCUCUGCUACGCCCGGCACGCCGCGCAGGGUUGCAGGUGCAACCCCAACAACCCCGGGAACCCGGCGAACCCCGGCAGGCACCAUCCGAUCGCGAACGACAUCGGCGACUCGAGGGACCCGGAGAAGAGGCUGCUCGACCCGGUCACCCCGGAACUCUGAACGGACCCCGAGCUACACUCUAGUCUCGUCCGCGGGGGGUGCCGGGCUCGAGCGGCC